GUAGGGCACUUUGAACGGCAGCCAUAUUGGCGCAUCGUCCUGAAGGAGAGAGGGGAGAUGAAGGGGAUCCGGGGAAUCAGCCAGCUAUCGAGACGGUUCUAUGCCGCUGCCAGGCAAGGCCAGUCCCUUACCCAGCCCUUGGCUGGCCUCAAGUUCUCUCCUGGGGCUGCCCACAGCUAUCAGGAUGUGCAUGUAACUAAAGCGCCCAGUGGAUUGGUGAUCGCUUCACUGGAGAAUUAUUCUCCAGCCUCCAAGAUUGGUGUGUUCGUAAAGGCUGGCUGUCGUUAUGAAACUCCUGAUAACAUGGGGGUCACCCACCUCCUCCGGCUGGCCUCCAAUCUGACAACUAAAGGAGCAUCUGCGUUCAAGAUAUGUCGUGGUAUAGAAGCAGUGGGAGGCAGUCUGAGCGUUUCUUCAUCCAGAGAAAAUAUGAUUUACACCGUCGACUGCUUGAGAGAUGACAUUGAUACAGUGAUGGAGUUUUUGAUCAACGUGACAACAGCACCAGAGUUCCGUGCAUGGGAGGUGUCGGACCUGACGCAGAGAGUCCUGCUGGAUAAGACACAGGGUGCACAAAAUCCCCAGAUAGGUGUGAUUGAGGGUCUUCAUGAAGCAGCCUACAAAAACGCUCUCGGUAACUCCCUGUACUGUCCGGACCAUAUGGUUGGGAACAUCCAGUCUGAACAUCUGCACCAGUUUGUCCAGAACAAUUUCACAAGUGCAAGAAUGGCACUUGUUGGACUUGGUGUUGAACACGCUGUGCUGAAGCAAGUGGGGGAGCAAUUCCUCAACAUUCGCAGUGGAGCUGGAACCACAGCGCCUAAGGCUCAGUAUCGUGGAGGUGAAAAACGUCUGCUAAGCACCAGCAGUCUGGUCCAUUCAGCCGUGGUCAGCCAGUCAGCCGCAGCAGGCUCCAGCGAGGCUCUGGUGUUCAGCGUGCUGCAGCAUUUGCUGGGAGCUGGUCCUCACGUCAAGAGGGGAUCUGGUGUCUCCAGCAAACUGAUCCAGGGUGUUGCCAAGGCAACUGCUGACCCCUUUGAUGUCAGUGCUUUCAAUGCAAGCUACUCAGACUCUGGUCUGUUUGGAGUUUAUACCAUUUCCCAGGCUGCAGCAGCUGGUGAUGUGAUAAAGGCCGCUGUUGCCCAGGUGAAAGCUGUUGCUGAUGGUGGAGUCACAGCUGCUGAACUCACUCGAGCCAAGAACCAGCUAAAGAGUCACUUCCUGAUGUCCCUGGAAACUACAGAGGGUUUGCUGGACGCCAUGGGCACUCAGGCUUUGACCAGUGGAUCAUACCACUCACCUGAGGAAAUCUCCAAAAACAUUGACAACGUGUCCUUGAAUGACGUUGCUAGUGCUGCCAAGAAAUUCGUGACUGGGAAGAAGACGAUGACAUCUUGCGGCAACCUCGUAAAAACCCCCUUCGUGGAUGAGAUCUAAAGUCCUCUUCAUCACCUCACAGUUUUCCUUGAUUUGCGGCAAAGCAGCUAUCUUUUUCCUCCAUAUUUUUUCAAAAUAGAGGUCACUGUUUUUUGCAAUGCUGCUUUUCCAAAAAUAAAUUCACAACACCACUCAUUUGGUAUUUAUUGGUGUCGUAAAAGUAAAUAUUGAGGUGAUGCUGUUCAUAUGCAUCACAGUACUGUGCUUCUCUUACCUGUCCACAUUAACUGUAUAGCUGAUGUAAAAUAAGGAAUAAAGUCUAUAAACCUUAA